AUGGAUAGAAAAAAUGAAAGCAUUGUGACUACAUUCAUCCUCACAGGGAUUCCUCAUGUACCAGAACUAGGGACCACCUUAUUUGGGAUCUUCUUACUGAUUUAUAUACUCACUUUGGUAGGGAAUCUUCUCAUUUUGUUGGUUAUCAAGGUAGACUCUCAUCUCCACACUCCAAUGUAUUAUUUUCUGGCUAAUCUUUCCUUCAUUGACAUGUGGUUCUCCACUGUCACUGUGCCCAAGAUAUUGAUGACUCUCAUCUCCACAGAUGGUGGAGCCAUCUCAUUUCAUGGCUGUGUGGCCCAACUCUACUUCUUCUAUGCUUUGGCAAACACUGAGUGUUUCCUCUUUGUCCUCAUGUCCUAUGACCGCUAUUUGGCCAUCACUUAUCCCCUGCGCUAUACUACCAUGAUGAGUGGGAAAACAUGUGCCAUUCUAGCUGGAGGCACAUGGCUUAGUGGUAUUGUUCACUCAACAGCCGAGACAACUCUGACCUUCCGCCUGCCCUACUGUGGUCCCAAUAAGAUUGAGCAUUACCUUUGUGAUGCACCACCCAUUCUCAAAUUAGCCUGUGCAGACACCUCAGUCAAUGAGAUGGUGAUCUUUGUUAAUAUUGGGUUACUUGUCUGUGUAUGUAGCUUUCUGAUUUUUCUUUCCUAUGUAUCUAUUGUUCGUGCUGUCUUGAAAAUCCGUACAGCAGAAGGCAGACACAAAGCCUUCCAGACCUGUGCUUCCCAUUGCAUUGUGGUCUUAUGUUUCUUUGUACCAUGUGUCAUCAUUUACCUAAGACCAGGCUCAAAAAAUGUUAUGGAUAGGAUUGUGGCUAUUUUUCAAACAGUGAUCACACCCCUAAUGAACUCACUGGUAUAUACACUAAGGAACAAGGAAGUAAAGAUGGCUUUACUCAGGCUGAAAGAUAGAGGGAAAUUUUUAUAG